AAUAUCUUCAACUUCUUUCUUCUUCUUUCUCUCUCUCUCUCUCUUGUUUCCAUGUCUUCCUCUCUCACUCUCCUCUCUCUAAACCCUCCUUUUCACCACAAACACAAACACAAACACAAACCCCACUCCACUCUCCUCCUAUUCCCAAUCCCCAAACUACCCUCACUCUCCCUCUUCAAGUCCCACAUUUGCCACUCCUCCAGUGAGGAAAUCCGAUGGCUUCGCGAGGAACAGCGGUGGCUACGCGAAGAGCAACGCUGGCUCCGUGAGGAACAACGCUGGGCUCGCGAGCGGGACUCACUCCUCCGCGAAAUCUCUGACCUCAAGCUCAAAAUACAAGCCCUAGAAGGAGCGUCAUCGGUGUUAGAAGCCCUAGGAUUAAUGUUGCAGGGUUUGAAGGAGAAAGGCCUCAUUGCAGAGACCGGGUUGGAGGAGAAGAAGAAGAAGAAGAAGAAGGAGGUGAUUAGGGUUUCGGAGAAGCAGACUCUGCGGAAAGGAUCGGAAGGCGCCGAGGUUCAAGCGAUGCAGGAGGCAUUGCAAAAAAUUGGAUUUUACUCAGGAGAGGAAGACAUGGAAUAUUCAAGUUUCUCAAUUGGGACCGAGCGUGCUGUGAAGACUUGGCAAGCCUCACUAGGUGCCCCUGAAGAUGGGAUAAUGACUGCAGAGCUGCUUGAAAGAUUAUAUGUGGAGCAACAAAUUAUUGGUGCUGGUUCAAAUGUAGAUGCAGAUCAGAAGGGGAGCACCUUGACUGUUUCGCCAAAGGAAGGUGCAAAUGGAGCUCCAGUUGCUUCUAUAACGGAUAUUUCAGAAGUUAAGCAGACAGUUGUGAAUGAAGAAAGUGUUACAGAAGUGGAGGUAUCCCAACAUCGAGUUUUUCUCCUAGGAGAGAACCGAUGGGAAGAACCCUCCAGACUUGUAGGCAGGAACAAACCAGUUGGUAAUAGCAAGACGAAAGAUACCACAACAAAGUGCCUUACAUGUCGUGGAGAGGGCCGCUUAAUGUGCACAGAAUGUGAUGGAACAGGCGAGCCAAACAUUGAGCCACAGUUUAUGGAAUGGGUAGAGGAGGGAACAAAGUGUCCAUAUUGCGAGGGCCUUGGUUAUACCGUUUGCGACGUAUGUGGAGGCAAACAACGAAAGUGGAGGAUCAAGUUUUUAAUGAGGUACUUACAAGCGGCAUGGCAGAGUGUGAUGGUGUAAAAUGGUCCAUGUAAUAAACACUACUCUUUGUUUUUUAAUGCCAAAACAAGUCAUACAAA